AACUGUUAUCGAUUUGAUUGGAGUUUGAACGAUAAAAUGACGUUAAUUAGUAGCAGUGUGUGCGAUAAUUAUCUGAUAAACAUUGUGACAGCGACACCGUCAUGUUGAAAUUCUUUUAUUUAAACUUUUCAUGUUGUAACUUACGGUGGUGGAUAUUGAUCAACAUUUAAAUGGGGAAAUGUCAAUGAUAUGCCUACUACGUAAUAGCUGUUUUCGAAAAAACGGAUAGUUUGUAAACAAGUUAUGUCACGAGAUAAUGGAGGGAAACAAUAAAAAACAGCGUGACAAAAAGAAGUUAAAGGAAGGGACUAAGGAGCAUUAUGGGUCAAAAAUUGAAAAACUGAAGAAUGUCGUGAUUCGAAUUUUAAAGAAACAUCCUGGAGGCAUACCGAAAAACGACAUUUGGUCAAUAGUUCUGAAAGAGACAGGACUAGUAGUCAGUGCAAAGGAUUAUGGACUGUCAAAAAUGGGACGAGUAUUUGCUCAGUGGACAGAUGUGAUUAGGACAGAGGGGCCACUGAACGCCGAGAAGCUAUUUCUAGUCGGAGAAGAUGGUUCUGCUCACAUUGGGUUAAUGUUGAAUGAAGAAAGCAUCUCUUCUGGCCAAAACCUUGUCAAUCCAUCAAACAUAUUAUCUGACCAAGAAACAAACAAAAGUUCGUCUGAAGGAAGAUCUAUAACCGAAACAGAGCAAUUGGAUGAAAAUAUUUUGUUUGCAGACGAAGAAAAAGAUGAAUUUUCUUUUCACAAUGAAGGUGUCUUACCGCGUAGUAAUUUGAAGGAGCCGGAUCAAGUGUCAAGACCUAUUAUGAAGCAACCCGAAGAAACGCCAGAUAACGAACCAGUCAUUCAAAAACCUGCACAACCUCAGUUAAAUGCGCAAAUGCAAUUCAUGCCGAUGCCCGGUAUACAAAGGCCAAAUCUUGGUCUCUUUGGCUUCCCUCCUACUGGAAUAGGUCCACCAUUUGCGAAUAUGCCAGGAUAUAAUCAGCAAGGAUUAAUGAUGCCGACAUUUGGACAGCUUGGGAUGACGUUUGCCGGAAUGCCACUCACAUACAGGCUACCAAUGCCCCUUCCUGGCCAAGUCGGAAUCGGAGUUUCUGGUGCAAAUAACGCUUCAUCUAGUAACAAUGAAGUUAAACAACAUCACAAUCAUGGGUUGCGUGAAGCACAAUCGACUAGUGAAAGACAAUGUGAAACACCUACAUCGAUCUCGUCUUUAGUUUGUGAUGAAUCAAAAGCAAAAAGUCCACCUAUUGCAGACACACCGAGUCAUUCAGAGACAGGAUCAUCAUCAGAACGUUCGUCUUCAUUAAGUCCGGAUUCUGUAUCCAAAUCAGACCAAUGUAAAAGCGGACCAACUCCAGCAUGGACGAAUCAAAUGCAAAUGCCUUUAUCUGUCCCCAGAGGUUAUGCUCCACAGUUCGUAAAUUUUCCAGGUUUGGCUCCACCACAUUAUUUAGGAAUGCCUUAUCGGCUGCAACCACCAAUACCUCAACAUUCAGUAAAUCAAAUGACAAUGCCUUUUCCCAUGCUAAAUUUAAGGAACGAAGCUGAAAGACAACCUAUCGAGCGGCUAAAUCCUACCCAAACAUGUCUCACACCGAAUGUCCAAAACAUUUCGUCAACCACAAGCUUCAUUAAUAAACCAGAAGUACCAUUAGAACAAAAGACAUCUAUGGAACAAGACCAUCAAAAAGAUCGUAAAUAUAUUCAUGACAGACUUGAACAUGAUCAAGCAUAUACAGCUUUUUCCUCUACACAAACACGUGCAGGAAGUACGGAAGUAAAUCAAAACGUUGUGGACUUUGAAAAAGUUGACGAUGAAAUAUUUAAGAGUUUUUCGAGUUCAGAUUCAACGGAAGGUUCUGAUGCUAAUACAGAUGACGAAAUGGAAGAUGUAGCAUCAGUAAUAAGUGAACUCUUAGGAGAAAGUGGGCGUGCAUGUAACGAUAAACUUCCUGAUGAGCCACCAAAAACUCGCAUAAGACCAAGCUGGGUACAUAUAGCAGAGACAUCGAAGAAAAAUACUGAAAUUCCCAGAGAAAGUUAUGAACAAAAUGAAAUGUCAUUGUCAAUGAGAAACCACUUGGCCAUGUUCUCGAAUGCAGACAAAAAACAAAGAGAGGUAACAUUUCACCAAAAUGACAUGAUGUCAGAAAAACAUUUGGAAGAACAGCGUAAAGGAUCAGCACCUUUGAUGCAGUCACCUCAGUGGUCUCUUAAUAAUGAACAAGUCAUGCAAAAACAGCAACAAAUGAAUGCACAAAUGUUGUUCAGUCAAAUUCAAAGGCCGAACUUGGGAAACGCUGGCAUUGCUACUCAUGGAAUGACUCCACAAUUUGCGCAGAUGCACGUUAAUAAUCAGCCAGGCUUAAAUCAAAUGCGUCAAAUACCGUCAUCCAGCUAUAAUCUUCCAAAUUCUGGAAAUCAAAUGACAGUUCCUUUCCCUACACCUAUCCAAGGAAGACAGGAAACGGAAAGAAGAUCAGUUGAUUCAAUAGAGAAUGAUGUACCGAACUUUCCCAGUUUCACGAGUCACAGAAGUUUAGCUGAUGAAACAAAGAAAACCUUGAUAAACCACGAGGCUAGACAUACAUCAGUUACUAGCCAGCUUAUGAUGUCUAUUUCAGAUCUCAACAACUGGCAGCCACAUGCAGAUGAUGUUAGAGACUUUACAGUAACUCCUAUAGAGAAAAAAGAGUUUGAGACAAAGAUAAUAGAUGUUAGACCUGUGUAUGUCCCACCGGACAAAAAGCCCUCAAAUGAACAAGUGGACAGUAUUGCCAAAGAAUGUAUUGAAAUAUUGGCAGAUGCAAACGAGUUUGCUACUCCUGAAAGAGUAGAACAACUUCUCUUCCAAAGAUUUCGAUGUAACUUUAUCUAUGAACUUGGAUUCAACCACGUGGAUCAUAUUCCGUGUGUUAGGGAAUUAAUCCGACUUGUGAGCAAAAUCAAUGCUUAUAUAACAGCUUUUCUGAAAACAAGAUCAAUAUGUACGCUUUUCGAGCUGAAGGAAGCUCUGCGAGAUUAUGCGCCCGAUAAAGAUGACUUCAACACACUGAAAACCGGACCAUUGCAAAGAUUUCCGGUUGUAUACCAGCAGUUCAGGUUUCCGCCAGAUCAAGCAAUUAUUCCUGAAAUAACGAGUAUGGAUAUUCUUGAACAUUUCAACAAUUAUCUUACAAAGAAUAGACUUUGGGUUAACAGCAAGUUAGAACUAGAAUCGUUUAUGAACUAUUUGGUACAAGAAUACAGUGCUGAUAAUGCAUACAUGCUCGGAGUCAGAAUAAGGUCUCUUCCGCUCACAAUCGGAGUCUUAAAGAAAGCCAAACGAGAUUCAGCAGCUUGUCACAGGACUAUCAAAGAUCAUUUUGAAGAAAAUUUGAAGGCAGAUAUUGAAGAAGCAUUCAGGAAAUUUCGAAUGCACAUUUUACACAGUGGAGACGAUACUGGCUUGAAAGUACGCACACAUUAUAUGAAGAUGAAACCCGAGCUAACAAUACAAGAAGUAUUUGACAAGUUCAAUUUCCUUCUUACAGUCACACAGGAUAGGAGAAUUACAAAACUCCCAAAAUUUAGACGUGUUAUUGAGGAUUUCUUGACUCUGAUGAAAGAAGACGACUUAGGUAAAAACAUUCUGCACCUUGCGAUAUGCAUGUCAAACACAGACGUUGAACAAGCUGUGGCACAGAUGUUUUUCACAACUGAUAAUGAAACUGGUGGCACAACACAGGAACAGGUGCACCAUAAACCUCCUCCUCAAAAAGUUGCGUUGGUUGAAUCGCUGAAGAAAUAUAUUGAACGGUGUUUGAAUGCCGGUGCACUAAGUUUAACGCAUUUGAACCGUAUUGAAGAGAGAAUGCUGGACGAUUUUGGAUUUGUUGACUUUAACAUGAUGGGAUACGGAAGAUUCCUGGAAUUUCUGCUGCUAGAAGAAACCAAACAGCUCAUCGAAGAAAGUGUUGGUCUUAAUCUUGGUAUUGGAUCUGGAGUUGGUGAGAGCGAUACAUCAUUCAAACCAAACCAAAUGGAUUUGAUGGAAUUCAUUGCCCAGUGCAGACAACAGAAGGAAAUCCAACAUGAUCAAGUAGAAGAAGUGUUGUUAUCACAUUAUUGCGUGAAGAACGUGCGAGACCUUGGACAUGGUAGUAUAGCAAGACUACUGAAUUAUGCGGAAAAACACGGCAAACAUAUAGUGGACCAAUUCUCAGUAUACUACGAAUCGGCACUAGUUCAGAAUGUUGGAUUAUCACAAUUUUCGAAAGCAAAGGUAGGAAUAUUGGGACAUCAGACCAAAGAUGAUGCAAAAACGUGUCUUCACAACUGCCCCCUACUGGAGAACCUGGCAGAUUGGAGCCAUUGGAGUCUUGUGUUUGAGCCUGAACUUGGCAAGCUGAAACCGUUUGUGCAAAAAUACGGAGGUUUAUCUACAAAAACACUGAACGGUGGGAGAAUUGUAACGUUUGACUUCUUGGUAUUGGAGACAAAACCUGGGGAACUUGUUAAAAUAGUUUCUUCAACAUCGUUGGAAAAUGUCACCUUUGCUUUAAAGAGUCGUGAUGUUUUUGCUAUGACAGGUCAUUUAGUUUCCAUGGUUGUUGCAUACAAAGGCAUUGAGAAUAUGCCACUUGCCUUGAUUGCCAGACAUAUUCACAACGAACUUAUACAGAUGCACGCUCAAGAACCAAUACAAGAAGCAGGAGUCUGCAUUUCAAGUGAGAAGACUGUAGGUUUAUUUGUACUGCAAUGCCUUUUACGUAUCCCUGCAAAAAUAUGUGUCUCAUUGGCCAACCAGAUAUUCCUUGAACCAUUGGGACAGGUUUUGGGUUCAAGCAAGUCUAAACAAAUUCUUAUACAGUUGUGCAGAUCCGAGACAGAACUCAGUCAGCUAGUUCAGCUCGGAUGUUCACUUGGAAUUCAAGAAUGGACAGAUGUCAUACAAAGAAAGUGCCAGUUACCAGAUACUGCUGUACAAAUUCUCCCAUCCGAAGCUAAGGAAUUCUUUGAAAAUGACCAAUAUCAGGAAGAAGAAUUUAAUGAACUAUAUGUGGAAACUGAUUCAGAUACUGAAGAUGUUGAUGAAAUCUUGGCUGGUGAUUUAGUCGAACAUAAAGCUAGAGUCACAGAUGAUGAAAACGAGAAGACUGACACAGACAUUCUCACAAAAGAGCCUGAAGAAACUGCCCAAUCUGAAGAAAGUAAAGAGGACCAGAACUUAAUUAAGGAAGUCGAAAAUGAUGAAAUAACUUCAUGUGAGUUGAUUAUUAAUCAGAUACGCAGAGACGAAUUUGGCGUUGGCAUUCAGCUUAGUGAAGACGGGAGAAGACUAAUGAAGGUACAACAAGAACGACUUGGUCGGAGUUUAGAUCGGCUGUCGAAGGAUCUCUACAGUAAAGAUACACACUUCGUUCUAGAAUUAGUUCAGAAUGCAGAUGACAAUAAUUACUCGGAACAAUUACUCGCAAAUGACUCUGAAGAAUGUCCCUCAGUGAAGUUUGUGAUAGAGAAAGAUAAGAUAUCUGUUCUAAAUAAUGAGCAAGGAUUUAGAGAGAAAGAUAUCAAAGCUCUUUGUGAUGUUGGAAGAAGUACAAAAGGAAAACAUAAAUUUGGAUACAUUGGACAAAAAGGUAUUGGUUUCAAGUCAGUUUUUAGAAUAACUGAUGCGCCAGAGGUACAUUCGAAUGGUUUUCACAUAAAGUUUGAUGUCAACAGUGGGCCUAUGGGAUAUAUACUGCCACAUUGGGUUCCGGAUAAAGAGAGAUUGGAGCAAAAUGAAUGGAUGACCGAAAUAAUAUUGAGAUUGAAACCUGACAUGCAACUGCAAACUCGAACCCUGGCUGCAAGAUUUCAUGAUAUACACCCUUCUUUGCUAUUGUUUCUACACAGACUUAGACAUAUUACUGUAGAAAACAAGGUUGAAAACAGUGUACAAACUAUGAGAAGGCGCGACAUUGGAAAUAAUGUUGUCGAAAUCCAGCAUUCACAUGGUGUUGAAAGGUGGUUAGUUAUAAAGAAAAUGCUGGAUGCAAGUAAAAUUUCGAUACAGGCAAAGUCAGGUGCUGAUGUAGAAUCAACUGAAAUAGCAUUAGCUUUCCCAAUUAGCAAGCAUGGCAAGAAGACUAUUGUGCAGAGGAUGCCUCCUAAGCAACCGAUAUUUGCUUUCUUGCCUCUAAGGAGUUAUGGAUUCCGAUUCAUUAUUCAAGGUGAUUUUGAUGUGCCCUCUAGUCGUGAAGAUGUAGACAGAGAUAGUUCUUGGAACCAAUGGUUGAGGAAUGAAAUACACAAUGUCUUUAUAGAGUGUUUGGAUAAUUUUAAGGAAUUUCCUGAAUUCACUACAAUGGACGCGGUCUGUGGUUUUCUACAGUUUGUUCCAAUGGAAGAUGAGGUUCUUGAGUUCUUUAAACCGGUUGCUGCAGAUAUCUUAAAGAAACUGAAGGCAAAUCAUUGUAUUCCUACCCAGCCGAACAACGAAGGACUGAUUAGUUGGAAGAUGCCAUCGCAGACAGUAAGGGUGCGGGAUCCGCUUGUUCGGAGUGUUGUCACAGCUUCUUUACUAGAGGAACACCUUGACUUGUUUUAUUUACAUGACGAUGUUGCAUCAAAGUUGAAUCCUGCAUUGACCUCUUGUCUUGGCAUCGAGACACUUACAUCUGAUCAUUUGUUCCAACUGGGAAAGGCUAUCAUUUUUCAAAUGGACACACACUGCAGUAAGAAUGAGGACGUGGUGCUGAUAUCAAAGUGGAUGGCAUGUUUGUACCGUAGCUUAGACGAGUUUCAACAAGACGACAAGAUAUUGACAUUGUUGAAGUCACAGCGAAUGUUACCACUCUCUGAUGGAGAACUAAUUUCACUGCAAGAUAAAACGGUGUUUUAUCCAUUGACAGUCUCAAACAGCAAGACACAGAGUGGAAAAGAUCCGCUUGUUUACUUGCAAAAAGACAUCAAGAGCAUUCAUCCGAUGUUGUUGAAAACAGGCGAUGAUGAGGUUAACAGUCAGGUUCAUAAACUCUUGUUGCGAAUAGGAAUAAAACAGUUGUCUCCCUUUGAUGUUAUCAAUCAUCAUAUAUUACCAAUUCUGAAGACCGACCUAUGGAAAACAAAAGAACCGGGAGUGCUGAUAUCGUACCUGGUCUACAUAAAAGAGCAAAUGGAGAAACAAGCGUCUGUUUGUAACAUAGAUGAUAUCAAAGAAGUAGCUGUGGUGCUGACAAGUAAUGGUUUCAAAAUUCCGAGCAAAGAACCUGUACACUUUCCCCCACAAUACGGAAACCAAAUAAAUCUUAAGAGCGUCUUUAGUAGUUAUGAUUGGGCAACUGUUGAUUCUUGCUACCUGCCACCAUCCUGUUCACAACAGGUUAUUCUUAGCUGGGCAGGUUUCUUCAGGAAACUUGGUGUAGUGGAUUUCCUUGCGUUCAAAGAGGAACGUAUUCAGAUUAAAAGAGAAGAAUUGAAACAGUCGAAAUGGAAACAUCACUGCGACGCAUGGCCUAAAGAAGUUCAAGAGUUUAUUGUGCAAGAUUUUGUCAGCGCAGAGGUAGAAGGACUGAUUACAAACAACGCUCACGUGGCCGAUCCUAUAUAUGCCGACCAGAUGCGAACUUUAUUUACGUAUAUAGACCAUCAUUGGGAUAACCAAAUCUUGAAAUUUUCUAAAGCUCAGGUUUUAGAUAAAGAUGGUAACAAGUUGAUGGAAACGGAUUCGUCUUUUUGCAUUCUACUGCGCAAUUCUGAAUGGUUACCAGCUUUGGAAAUUAAGACAUCGACAGAUGAAAUGGGCUAUAUUAAACGUGAUAAGCAAAUUGUAUUGCGAAAAUCGUCUGGUUUGUAUAUCAAAACUGAUAUAGUUCAGAGUCUGUUGUUUGACAAAGUUAUAUACCUGAAUGCUCACACAUCUCACGGAACAUUUUUCCAAUUUCUUGGCAUCAAAAAUACAGUUGAUGUUUAUACUGUUAAAGAUCAUUUGUUAAAUUGGAGUGAAAGAAAUAUGGAUGACACACCAGUUCAGUUUUGUACUACCCUUGAGCAUAUGAAGAAUGUGUAUCAGUAUUUAUAUUCAGGGCUACCCCGGCAAGAGGUUCAUCUUUUAUUUCAAGAGAAACCAGUUUUAUUCGUACCUGAUUCGAGUGCCGUUCCUGGCAAGGAUGUUGUCAUCGCUGGUAAAAUGUUAAAUCGACGUGAAAUAUGGCUUUUUGAUAAGACAGGGUUGUUUUCUAAACACCGGCAUCUCCUUCAAGAAUAUCACUACGAUGUUCACAAUAAAAGAACAAUUGGAGAGUUUUACAACGACAAUAGAGAUAUCAUGGAUAUCUUAACACAUGAAGCUAAGUUAGAUACUCAACCAAAUCUUGGUGAAUACAUUCAAUUAUUGAGUCUCUUAUGUGAAACAAGUUCACCAAAAGAAACAGAUGUCUUGCACGAUGUACUGUAUAUAUUCUCAAUAAUAGGAGAGAUGUUAGACGCUCCUCAAAUCAGUGAACCUGGUGGUCAGCAAGCUGCAAUUAAUGCACACGAGGCUCUAGAAACCUUUUUAAAGAGUAAACUAAGAAAACUAAAGGUUUUACCAACAAAUAAGCAAAUUUGGGUAAAUCUGGAAGACAAUCCAAUGGUUUGCGACAAUAAAGAGUUGGAAAAAAUGUUUAUUGACAAACCAGGAGUUUACUUUCUUGAUAUGGAAGAUAAACUGAACAAGACAAAGCAAACGACAAGGAAAAUUGGCCAAAGAAAAACAGCUUCUGGAAGUGCUAUACAGUCUGAUAUGAUUGACAUAGUGAUUGAAGUUUGUGGUGUCAAAAAACUUAGCGAAUGCGUGGAUUUGACACCUACACCCGAAAUGAUAUUACCUUGUCCAGAAAUGCAGAAAUAUUUUAGUCAAAUCGUUCCGGUUUUACAGCAAUACCUGCUUGCAAAAUAUCCUGAUGUAUACAAGGAUUUGGAAGAAACAAGCAUAAAGAAGACUUUCAAAGAUGCAAAAUUCUAUCAGACUCGGACUCUGGAGGUGAGCUAUUGGCUGUCGAAUUUGACCAAAGACACAUUUGUUAUUCAACAAGAGAAGUGUUUGAUUCAUCCUCCAGAAUUCUACUUUCAUCGCGAGCAUUUGUCAGACUUCAAGGAGAUUGCAAAGGAAAUAGCAAGAUAUUUUAGUAGAGGAAACUCUGAGUGCAAUAAUAUACUUAGGUAUUUCUUGAACGAACUUUCCGAUGUUAUAAAUAGCAUAUCAGAAGAACCAAUGGAUAGUCUUUUACGAAGAUAUGAAGCAGACACUAUUGAUAUAAACGAUGAUGAUAAAUGGGAAGUAGAAGCACCUGUUAUACCUGAAACAGAAGAGCAAUCAAAAGAAAAGGACAUUGAUGAAAAUGAGUCAGAGGGAGCUGGGGAAAACGUUGUUUCAGCAGAAGUGGGUAACGAAGAAAAAGCGUUUGAACUAAGGGCUUGGCCUCCAGUUGCUAAUCCAAACAGAACUGCACCUACUACAGCGUCAACUGAUAGACCAGCAUCGAAUAUUUGGCCGCCUCCUCAAGGAACUGACUACAUGAAGUCAGUUAAAGAACUUCCAUCAAAUAUCAGGUUUGUUGGUAGCGAUAAUGAUCCUAACAACGUACAGACACAAGGACUAGGAGAAAAUGAAAAUAACAAUGAUCUGGUGUUGGACGUCGAAAAUUUACCUGAGCAUCUUCGCGGAGGCGAGAAAGAGGAGGCGUUUCCUACACAAUUUGGGUUUUUAGAUCCAAGUAUGAAUAUGUUUCUUCAAAGUGGCAAAACAGGGGUGGGUGCUGUUAGCGGUGAGUACAAAGAAGGGAGUGGUCAAGAUAAUUUACAAGGACGGCAUGCAAACACUGGAAUAAAAACAUACAGUGAUAUUGUUCAACCUUCUGAAGGAACUACAAGAACAAACUCGUCUAUUGAAGCAGAGCAACGUCAGAUAAAUGAACAAAAUAGACCUAUUGAAGACAAAGGGCAAAAGCAGACAAAAGAUCAAAAAGAACACACUGAAGUUAACGAUGGCCGUACGUUUGCCCAAAGUGAUGACCAGCAAUUUAAAAGUCAAGGUUCAAGCGAAUUCCACGAGGGUCCAAGACUGAAAAGUCGCCAUGAAAAGUUUGAAAGAAAAUGGCCUUUGGUAUUAGGUGAUCCUACUUGGAACAAUAUGGCAACGGACUAUACAUAUGAUAAUCUGGGUUCUGGAAAAGAAAUUUGUGUCAUGGAGAGCAUGAGGGUAACAGAAAAUGACGCCGCGAUUGGGCGAUGGGGUGAGGCAUGUGUUGCCAAUUACCUGCAGAUACAGAAAGAUCUCGGUAGAAUUGUAGAUUUCUCAUGGAAGAAUAGUUCAGAUGAGCAAGGAUAUCCGUUUGAUUUUGAGAUAAAGGUAGCAGGUGAUAAUGGCGAGUUUAGACAUUACAUUGAAGUUAAGAGUACUGCAAGUGAGGAUAAAGAAGUAUUUGAAAUAUCAGUGCAACAAGUAAAAUUUGCUAAUCAGAUGAAGGGUGACUUUCAUAUCUAUCGGGUGUUCAAUGCUGGAAAUCCUGAGCGUGUGAAAUUAAUACGAAUCAAAGACCUUAAUCAAAGACUGUCAGCAAAACAAGUAAAGUUGUUCAUGCUGAUAUAAUGAAUGACUUAAUGAGAAGACUGCUUUAAAAGCAAAGAAAUGUUCCUGUAUGCAGGUCCAUUAUAUCAGGAUUAAUUUUAGCAGCGUUAAAACGCUAUGAGGUGCAUUAUUGAAAUCAUCCUGUACUUGUUUGAUUCGAAUCAAUUAUCAUUUGGGUUGAAUGCAAUUUUACUAGUUUUAGAUAUAGCGUAUUCAUUUAAUAACCUCAUUACAUUGUCAAGUGUUCUGAUAAAACACUAUAAUUUCAUUGUAACGUAUUAUUUUUUAUCAAAGAAAAGUGACAAAUCUUCAAAUAUAUGUAACAGAGAACCAUAUUCAUUUAAAUAUUUUGUCUAUAAGAUGUUUUUAUUUCUUGUUUAUAAAAUGUUGUUGUUUUUUAUUUCUUUAAAUUUUCGAAUUUACAUCGCGAUUUUUUUUAUACAAACUUUUUUAAUUUUGUAUUUGAUAUGUAUCGUUUUAUUUACAAUAUACAUGCAUGUAUUGACAUGUUAAAUAAUUAUAAUAUGUUAACUACAUAUACAUGUAUAUUGUGAUGAUUGUAUGUAAAUAAUUACUUAUGUAAACCGCCUGUGAUAACGAUCUUUUUUUAUGUCAUUCUGUUAUAAAUGUAUUUCAGUUCUUUAUUUCAUAUAAAAAAAUGCAUAAUAGAGACCAUUUAUUUUCUUAAAUCACGAUAAAGUAUUAUUUUGAUAUUUGUCCAAGAAUAUAUUACAUGCAUGUUUUUGAUAUUUGUCCUGCAUCAAUUGCUCAUUUGUGAGUCGUAUUGAUAUGUGUGCUGAUUUUGAUAUUUACAAUGCUCAUUAUGCUUCAGAAAUACUUUCAUUUUUAUAUCUCUAAAGUUUUAAAGUAAGCAAAAAGAUACUCAUUGGUCAAUUACCUGAACCAUUUGUUUCAUCUGUUGCUUUCUUUUUGCAAUAAGUACAGUUAUAGGGAAUAAGUGUUUUGUAUAAAAGUACUACAUUCUUUACAUUUUGCUACUUUUAUGCUUAUUUAUUUUCUCAUUCAUCUCUACAUUCUUCAGAUAACAAGACUCUGAAAUUUUCUUAAACCAUUAUGAAAACAUUUUAAAAUUCAUGUUUGUUUUUUCUAAAGAAGUAAAAAUUUAUUUGUUUUAGAGUCAUAAUGUGCCUUUAAUCUCAACUUAAAUGUAUAUUUACAGACUCUCGGCUUUAUUAUUUUUAUUUCAUGUACAGGAAUACCUAGGUUGAAAGGGACCAAUUUUUUAUUUAUCUUCAAUUUUUAUGAUUUUUAGUGUGCUUUCAUAUGAUUGAAAACGAUUUAUUUUCAAAAUUGAUUUCAAAUCUACCCCUUUUUACCCAAUUAAGCAUGUUUUUUUUUCUAUUAUAAAGGAAUUAUAUGGCUUUUACAUUGUUUCAGAGAAAUUUAAGCCAACUAAACAUAUUAACAUUCAUUAAACGAGAACUCCUAUGCAAAAUAAUUCGUGACUUCUAUCAUUUACUUUCAUGUUCUAAACUCAAGAACUACAUUUGGUGCCCCUUUACUAACGAGCCACAAUAUAUGCCUAUUUUACUCAACAUGGAAAAAUUUAUAACAAACAGUUGUUGGUCAAACAAAUAUGUUUCAUCAAGGUUGCUGUGUAUUAUUAGGAGACGCAGCCAUGUCACAAAAGAGUAAGUAUUAUCAUUCUUUUAACUGCAAUAUUUUAUAGUAAGAUUAUGUAUUUUUAUUAUUUAUUGCUUUGCUAAUACUGUGUUUAUGUGUUUAUGCAAUUACUUUGUAUUGCGAUUGCAGAUAAUAAAUUUCAAACUAAUCUUUAUAAUUCAUAUAUACAUUUAAAGCAGCACGCCUCCAGAUUCAUGUUAAAUUUCAUGAAAAUUUUGAUAAUGUAUUUGACAGUAAAAUAUUGUGAGGUGAACAAAUAAAGUUAUUUACAUAUUGCAAUUGGCACUUACAAUCCAUGCAAAUAACCAAAAAGAGAUCAAAAUGUGCAAAAAAGCCCUUACUGCGUUAGUAACGCAGUAGAUAUAUGGUGAUAAAAUACUGCAAAAUCAGUCUUAAAUCGCAAAUAACAUGUAAACUAUAACAUUGAUCUUGAUUGCUUUUACCUGUCUUGAAAUAUUAGUAUAUUUUUCUCAAUUUUCAUUUUCCUUGAAAUAUUUUGGCUCAUCUGCAGCUUUAAAUAAAAAAAAUGUUAGUGAUCUUUCCUUAUUGUCCAAAGAUAUAGAAUUGUCCGACAAGUAAAUUAAGUUUAUACAUCGGUACCAACUUCAUUAUCUAUCAUAUUGAAUCCUCUUUACGAGAAUCUUUUUAAUGUUGCACCUGCAUGAGCAUACACCAACUGUAUUAUGUUUUCAUACGUUUAACUCGGUUAUGUAAUUUUCAUUGACAAACGUUAUGCAAUUUCUGGUAUUUCUAUGAAUGAAUGUUUUAUAUAUCUUAAUGAAGAAUGAAAAUGUCAUUUAAUAUUUUUACGCUGAAUAAAACGUUACCAAUG